AUGGCCCCCGCGACGGCAUUCGCGUUCGCGGUGCAGGUGCUGCGGGGCCGGUGGUUCAUGGCGUACGGCUCCUUCCUCAUCAUGUCGGCCGCUGGCGCCACCUACAUCUUCGCCAUCUACUCCAAGGACAUCAAGUCGACGCUCGGGUACACGCAGGAGCAGCUCAACACCGUGGGAUUCUUCAAGGACGUGGGCGCCAACGUCGGCAUCCACGCCGGCCUCAUCGCCGAGCUCUCCCCGCCAUGGCUCGUCCUUGCCAUCGGCGCCGCCAUGAACCUCGGCGGAUACCUCAUGCUCUACCUCUCCGUCACGGGCCGCGCCGGCCACCGGACCCCGCCGCUCUGGCUCGUCUGCCUCUACAUCGCCGUCGGCGCCAACUCCCAGGCGUUCGCCAACACCGGCGCGCUCGUCACCUGCGUCAAGAACUUCCCCGAGAGCCGCGGCGUCAUGCUCGGCCUCCUCAAGGGCUUCGUCGGCCUCAGCGGCGCCAUCUUCACCCAGCUCUACCUCGCCUUCUACGGCCCUGGAGGCGGCGCCAGCGGCGACACCAGGCCGCUCAUCCUCCUCGUCGGCUGGCUCCCCGCCGCCGUCUCCGUCGCUUUCCUCACCACCAUCCGGAUCAUACGCGCGCCGCGCUCGCCCGUCGCGGUACGCAGGGAGUACCGCGCCUUCUGCGCCUUCCUCUACGUGUCGCUCGCGCUCGCCGCCUACCUCCUGGUCGCCAUCGUCCUGCAGAAGCGGUUCCAGUUCACGCGGGUAGAGUACGGCGUCAGCGCCGCCGUCGUGCUGUCCAUGCUCCUCCUCCCUGGCUUCACCACCGUCCUGCGCGAGGAGGCUGCUCUGUCCAAGAACACGCCCGACGAAGCGCAGGCAGAGUCAUCGCCGGAGUUGUCCCCGGAGGUCACUGUAGACGCGAAGCAGCCGCCGGCACCCCCGCCCGCGACGUCGAUGGCGGGUCAAAGGUUGCCGCUUUCGCUUCGUCCGCCGCCGCGCGGCGAGGACUACACGAUCCUGCAGGCGCUGGUGAGCGUGGACAUGCUGCUGCUGUUCACGGCGACGGUGUUCGGGGUGGGCGGCACGCUGACGGCCAUCGACAACAUGGGCCAGAUCGGCGAGUCGCUGGGGUACCCGCGGCGGAGCGUCGCCACCUUCGUCUCCCUCAUCAGCAUCUGGAACUACCUCGGCCGCGUCGCCGCCGGGUUCUCCUCGGAGGCCUUGCUGUCCCGGCACCGCCUCCCGCGGCCGCUCAUCCUUGCCGGCGUGCUCCUGCUCACUGUCCCGGGCCACCUGCUCAUCGCGUUCGGCGUGCCCGGGUCGCUGUACGUGGCGUCGGUGGUGAUCGGGUUCUGCUUCGGCGCCGCGCAGCCGCUCAUCCUCGCCAGCGUGUCGGAGCUGUUCGGCCUCAGGUACUACUCCACCUUGUACAACUUCUGCGGCACGGCCAGCCCCCUGGCGUCGUACGUCCUCAACGUCCGCGUCGCCGGCCGCAUGUACGACCGCGAGGCGGCGCGGCAGGGGAAGGGGGUCACGUGCAUUGGCGUCCGGUGCUACAGGGAGUCCUUCUUGGUCAUCACGGCGGUCACCGUUGCCGCCGUGGUGGUGACGCUGGCGCUCGCAUGGAGGACUCGCGAGUUCUACGCGGGAGACAUCUACGCCAAGUUCAAGGCGGGAACAACUUGUAGUAGUAGUGGUGGUGCUAAUGCCAUUGCUGGUGGAGACAAGGUAGAACUGGCAGUAGAACCCAAGGAAUAG